AUGGUACGUGAUAUGAGGGCCAGAGUUAGGCGUUUUGUGUUGGGGCUUUUAGAUGAUUUGUUUGCUGAUGCUAAUAUAGCUGCUCAGAAUAAUGACAUGACCAUCACUAAGAUGGUUACCUUUGUUCAAGGGAACGAAGACAGGUUGAAGGAAGAAGAGCGGCUACGGAGAGAGAAGGAGAGGGAAUUCAGCAAGAGAGCUAAGUCUGCAGGAAAUUUCAGCCAUGGCGGAUCUCAAGCAGGAGGCAAUCGCCAUUUCUUCAGGAAAUCAAAAUCAGGACCCGCUCCAUCUUCAGCUAGUGCACCGGCUAGUGUGGGCUACAGAGUCCCUGGUCACCCUAUUUGCAACACGUGUGGUAAGAGGCACCCAGGGUUGUGUCGUUUGGGCACAAAUGGUUGCUUUGGGUGCGGUCAGCAGGGCCACUUCUUGAGGGAUUGUCCAUCGGCAAAGCAGAACAAUGGAGGCAAUGUAGCUCAGUCCACUAAUUCAGCAGCCCAUCAUAACUCUCAGGCUCAGCAAGGGUGCGGCGCAGCAAAGUCUAAUAAUGCAGGCGGUGGACGAAACCGCUAUCCGGGAUCCACCCUAUCUUAUGUAACCCCAUAUAUUGCAAAGAAAUUUGGGGUAGAACUAGAAAAGUUGUGUGAACCCUUUGAAGUGUCCACUCCAGUUGGAGAAUUAGUUAUAGCAAGGUGUAUCUAUAGGGGAUGUCCAGUUAAAGUGCGUCAUCGUCUUACUGUAGCAGACUUAGUAGAAUUGGAGAUGUUAGACUUCGAUGUGAUCAUGGGCAUGGAUUGGUUAGAGUCAUGUUAUGCCAAAGUGGGUUGUAGAACCAAAAUAGUAUGUUUUGAAUUUCCCGGUGAACCAGUCUUAGAAUGGAAGGGUGAUGCAGUAACACCUAGGGGUAGGUUUAUUUCCUACCUUAAAGCCAGAAAGAUGAUCUCCAAGGGAUAUAUCUAUCACCUGGUUCGAGUUAAGGAUGCAGAUGCUCAGAUCCCCACUCUCCAGUCGGUACCUAUUGCGAAUGAGUUUCCAGAAGUGUUUCCCGAAGAUCUCCCUGGAAUCCCUCCCGAUAGAGAGAUUGACUUUGGAAUUGAUCUACUUCCAGGCACUAAGCCGAUAUCUAUUCCGCCUUACAGAAUGGCUCCAGUAGAGUUGAAAGAGCUAAAAGUCCAGUUGAAAGACCUUCUAGAUAAGGGAUUUAUAAGGCCAAGUGUUAAGGAAGUUGAUAUUCCAAAAAUAGCUUUUAGGACUCGAUAUGGGCAUUUCGAAUUUUUGGUAAUGUCAUUUGGUUUAACGAAUGCACCAGCAGCUUUCAUGGACCUGAUGAAUAGGGUCAUCAAGCCUUAUCUUGAUUUGUUUGUUAUCGUGUUUAUUGAUGACAUCUUGAUUUAUUCCCGUAGCGAGACUGACCAUGCCGAACAUCUCAGAAUUGUGUUGCAGACACUGCAGGAUCACAGGCUAUAUGCAAAAUUUUCUAAGUGUGAAUUCUGGUUGAAAUCAGUAGCGUUUUUGGGCCAUGUCAUCUCAGGGGAAGGCGUGAAGGUGGACUCUCAGAAAAUAGAGGCAGUGAAGAAUUGGCCUAGACCCACCUCAGUAUCCGAUAUAAGAAGUUUCUUGGGUCUAGCAGGCUAUUACAGGCGUUUCGUAGAGGGAUUUUCUUCUAUCUCGUCCCCUUUAACUAGAUUAACUCAGAAGAAAGUCAAGUUUCAAUGGUCGGACGCGUGCGAGAAAAGUUUUGAGGAACUAAAGAAGAAGUUGACUUCAGCUCCAGUCCUGACACUACCGGAAGGAACCGAGGGGUUCGUUGUUUAUUGUGAUGCUUCAGGGAUCGUGGUGCGCAGUUCACAGCAAACUUUUUGA